UUUCAUUUUCAUUGAUUUCUAGUAAUGAAAAACAAACAUGCCGAAAGCCUGUAUUGUUCCAAAAUGUAAGACCGGUUGUAGGAAUCACAAAGUAAAGUGCUCAGUAUUUAGAGUACCGCAAAAUCGACAACUUCGCAAUCAAUGGGAAGCCAAGAUCCCUGGAAUAGUAGCACUCAAAGCAAACCAGUAUGUUUGUGAGAAACACUUCAACAAAGAAUGCAUAAUCAGGAAAUGGAUUAAGUAUGAUUCUCAGGGGAAUGUAGUCGCUGAGUCACCAUAUCUGCGACCUCGCUUAGCAGAAUCAGCGUUACCCUCUAUAUUCAAAGAUGAAUCGAAUGCUAAUGCUUCAGCUGUGACUAAGAAAAUCUCCCCAGUUGACAGAAUGUGUGUCGAUGAAGAAGUUGAAAAUGGUCACAAUUUAGAUCCAUUACCCGUAAAUGAAGUAGAAGAGAAGGCUCAACUCCUUCGUGAAAUAUUGCCAGAGUUGAACUCAGACAGAGCCUGCGUUCAACCGGAACCUAUUAACGAUGAAACAUACAUGGUCAUGAAUAAGACCAAAAUACUAGAUAAAAAGAAACUACUUAAGCCUAAUUUUCAAGCAUUGGAUACAAACAAAGAGGUCACGAAAAGUACAAUUGACAAUCCCCAAAUACAUUGGCAUCUUCCGACAGAACCCGAAAGCUACCAAGAUUCACCUAAUUUAGCAUUCAGGAAAACCAUAAUUUCUCAGCAGACACAUAAUUCGAUGAAAUCAAGUACCAGUGGGUUUCUGAAAGCAAUCACUAGUACAUGUCUAUGGAUAAACAACGAUAUUUUGGUUAAGCUACCACCGAUGUGGUGCGUAACUGAAUCAUGUAGAGGAACUGAACGUUGCUGGAUAUUCACAGACAUACGACUCAUGUCCAAUAAUGGCACGAAUAGUCCCGUAAUAGAAAAGAGUGUCAUUAUCCAUGCAAAUGGUACAAUCUCUUAUCAGGUUCAGGGGAAGUCCGUAGAAAUACAGGAAAUGCAAGCGCUUAGGAGUACCGAAGAUAUCACAUUGCUACCUGGAAUCUUAUUUAAAUUUCAAUGCAUGCGCGCAUGCAAAGGAACCGGACCAAUUGACGAAAGCCUCUUUCGGGAGGAAACUGCUUAUCGCGAUAAUCAUGGAGACUGGCAUAGCAUUUACUGCAAGCUACUAACAAAAAGAACCCGGUGCGAAUACUGUGUGCGACUGAAAAAAACACUUCUCCAAAAAAAAGCAAGACUUGAAAAACGUGCUGAAAUAAAGAAAAUGUACUGCAUUUCAAAUUCGAAUGAUCAAAAAAAGUUACUGACCUUGAAGAAAACAAUUUAUCGGUUAAGACAAGAAAAUAAUCGUGCACACUAUCGAAUUUUGUUAUUGAAGAAUGCAUUGAAACGCACAGAGAUCAACGCUAAAGGAAAUAAUACCAAUAGCAUAAGAAGGGUUACGUAAACAAAGAUAUUCAACCAUACGGAUUGUGCUUUGAAUGAUGGUGAAUAUUCGCGUUCCAGAGUAUUAUGAUUUUCUACGAAGAAUCAAGAUUAUUUCAUGGCUGUUCACCCGUACACACAGGGCUACUUUUCAUUGAUGAAUUCAGAGUGCAACAUCAAAAAGAAUUAUACCAGAGAAACAAUCUGUUUCCUAAACAUGAUAAGUACCUAAUUGCACGGAAUCUUGUUAUUUAGCGAGAUGUAUCUGAGAAAAUCGAUAGCCGUCUCCUCCAAGGACUUUGUUUACUCUGGUUUAAUAAAUUUGGUGAUUGCAUAUUUUGUGACCUCGCUGUUCUCUUCCAAGAGGAAUUGCAAAUGGAAUGCGGUCAUCGGAUUCGCCACACUGUUGAAUAAGAAACUCCGAAUUGAGGAGCGAGCAGGAAGAGACCUGUACUAAAGUGUAAAGUCAUGCGCUCAAGAUCGAAUCGAAGUGUAAUACAGCAUACAACAGCAGACAGAGUGAUCUUAAAGAAUGAAAGGUGGUUUUUUAUUCAGUAAGAAUCUCACAC